AUGGCAAAUCAAGUUACUAAGAAGCUCAUUUGGGUGAUAAAGAGUCUCUCCUCCUGGAAAGCUAUUGAACAGGGGUAUGUUGUUGGUCUGAUGCUAUAUGCAUCUUUGCUCCAUUCACAGGUAGAAUCUGUAAGACAUAUCUUUAAAAGACAUCCAGACAUUGCAGUAGAGUUCCGAGCAAAGAACCAACAUCUGAGGAACGCAUGUAUGGAUUUCCUGCUCAGCUUAAUCGAGACGUUGUGCCAAUCACUUGAGGAUCUAUCCAAUGAAGAUCUCGUGGAAGCUGACGUGGCACUGACAUACUUGAAAGACGCUGGUUUUAAGGUGGAUUGGAUGGAGAAGAAGCUGGACAUAGUUAAAGAAAAGAAGGAGAAAGAACAGUCCAGUUUGGCUCGGCUACAUGAAAUGGAGGAUACCUUACUGGAACUGAAGCAACAAUGUUCAGACUUGGAUGCCCUGGUUGAGAAGGAAGAGGAAGAGUUGUCGGCAACAAGAACUCCUCUGGCAUUUGAUGAUGUUGUUUGA